AUGGAAGAAGGACUGGCUGAUUCCUUGAAGAACGAAGAAAUUAACCAACAACAUUCGAUGAGUCAGGACGGAAGCGAACCAAAUGUGGAGAGUCUUAGUACAAACUCGGAAAAUAAUAUGAUAUCUUCAGACUUGGAAAAGGAUAAACCGUUGGCAGAUGAGAACGAAUUUCAAUAUGAUGUUGGGUAUGCUUGGGUAAUAGUGUUUGGGGUAUUUUUGCUUAAUUUUUCAACAUGGGGUAUGAACUCAGGAUUUGCGAUUUACUUUUCGUACUAUUUGAAUAACAACACGUUCGAUGGGGCAUCGAAGUUGGAUUAUAGUGCUAUAGGAGGGAUAGCAUUUGGAGGAGGAUUGCUAUUCUCACCAUUUAUCAACUAUUUACAAGGUAGGAUCGGAACCAGACCUCUAAUCAUCCUCGGUAAUUGCUUGCAGUUUAUGGGUUUAAUGAUGGCGAGUUUUUCAGUAAGCCUCUGGCAAUUAUAUAUGACACAGGGGGUCAUAAAUAGUUUUGGGUUAGCAUGCAUCUCUCUUCCCGGAAUAACGUUACUUCCUCAAUAUUUCAAGAAGAGAAGAACCUUGCUGGGAGGUUUGGCGACAGCAGGGUCUGGAGUUGGUGGUAUUGUAUUUAACCUUGGUAUGCAAAAGGUCAUUCAAACUAGAGAUGUUUUCUGGGCCCUCAGAUGUCAAAGUAUUAUAGCAUUCGGUUUAGUAUGGGUUGCCAUAGCAAUUAUUAGAUCUCGUUCGAAACAUGCUAAGAUUGAAUUCACCAUUAUCGACAUGCAAUGUUUGAGGUGCACGGGGUUCUGGUUUUUCGUCUUAUAUGUGAUAACAUGUAUGUUUGCGUAUGUGAUCGUAUUGUAUACUUUGGUUAACUUUACUACAUCAUUAGGCUACACCGAAUAUGAAGGAUCAAUUGUGUCUGCCAUGGUUCAAUUGGGCUCUUGCAUAGGAAGACCCUUGGUUGGUCUCACUGCUGACAAAAUCGGUUCUAUUACUAUGGCACUCAUCGCAUAUACCUUAUGCGCAAUAUUUGCUUUGGCGAUGUGGAUUCCUGCCAGGAACUAUGCAACGCUUAUCGUAUUUGCCCUAAUUAUGGGUUCGUUAAUGGGUUCUAUCUACGGUACCGUCGCUCCUUCUAUUGCAAGGCUCGUUGGUAUGAACAAGCUAAAUGUCACUUUUUGCAUGUUGUGGGUGUUCUUAGGUGGUGCAGGGAUUGCAUCUCCUGUUAUAGGGGUGUCGUUGAAAACUGGAGGUGGGGGGUUUGUUGAUCCUACACAAUAUGUCUACUGUUCUGUAUUUGCUGGUGUAUCGUUUGCUGUAUGUGCAUUAUCGUUGUUAUUAUUAAGAGGUUACGUUUUAGGCCGUGAUACUUUGGUUGAUGCUGAAUCUGAUUCGGAUUACGGUGGACAUUUAUCAGUAAGAGUUCCUUUCGGUCUUGCUUUAAGAAGUUGUUUCAAAUGGACCCCUAGAAGGGCGUAA